AUGAUAGCAGUUGCCCCCAGCCGCAGCUGGUUUAAAGGAAAACCAGGAGACCUGAUCGAGAUCUUCUGUUGGGGCUAUCAUCACUGGGCCGUCUACAUCGGAGAGAAUGAAGUGGUUCAUUUAGUUAAUGAGGGUGGUCAGUCAUCUGGCUGGUUCAAGAAUCUGAGCAGAAGCACUGGAAAGGUGAAGCGUGAGAAGCUUGCCAAUCUGCUCGGCCUGAAAGGUUACCGCGUCAACAAUCUGCUGGAUGAAGAGUACGAUGCUCGUGAUCCUUCCAUCAUAGUGAAGGAGGCCUAUGCGAUGGUGGGCCGCGAGCUACAGUACAACGUUGACACUUACAACUGUGAGCACUUUGCUAACGAGAUGCGAUACGGCAAGGCAGAGUCCCGACAGGUGUGUAUCUAA